GCGCUGUCGCUAAUGGAAGUUGCUGUUGUUGUUUUACCAGCGCAAAGAAAGAGCCGAGCAAGGAAAUCUGCUGUAACAGGUCAGCACAGCCCGGGAUUGCUGGAGCAGGAUUUUAAAAGUUAACGUUGUACAUAACUCACAUACACCAGAAAGAAAAAAAAUAUUUAUUAUAUAUAGCUGUAGGUCAUUUUUGCUUUUACUUUGUGUUGUGCCAGAAGAGAGCAGUAUUUGUAUAGAAUUGAAAGAUUUUUUUUUUUAAUUUAUUACAGAAGAACGAUUGAAUGUGACUUUAUGCCCAGGGUAAGGGUACUGGAAACGGGUGUAGUCUUAACUGGAGAGCGUCGUGUCAGCCCGGCUCUCCCAGUAUGUUUGUUUAACAGCAGGGCACUGCCGGUACGCAAGACUGAGAACAAACAGCUAUUUCGUAACAUACCGAACUCCUCUAAAAUAAUCCGUGAACAUCACUGUACUGUAGCACUACAUAAAUAGACUAAAACCAAUUUACGUUCUCUGUCCCCAAGUAAACAUUUGUUUUACUAACCUAAAAAGAAGAGAAUACUUUGCAUUGUUUUAAAAAAACCGCGACCUACAUUCCGAAUCUACAUCUUUGGAGAUCCUUGGCGUUUUAUUUUAAUCUCACGCGUUAAAGAAAGCUGUUGAUUUAAGCGAAAGCUUUCUCGAGCACCCUCAAAAUCCCAGGAUCGUACAAAGGUGGCGAGCCGGACCGAUACCCCAGCUGCCCCCUCGCCAAUGCUGGAUCUGGAAGUCGUUCCUGAGAGAUCCCUGGGAAAUGAACAAUGGGAAUUCGCGCUAGGCAUGCCGUUGGCCCAGGCCAUUGCUAUUCUGCAGAAGCACUGCCGGAUCAUCAAGAAUGUUCAGGUUCUCUACAGCGAACAGACUCCUCUGAACCAUGACCUCAUACUUAACUUAACUCAGGAUGGAAUUAAACUGCUGUUUGAUGCUUGGAACCAGAGGCUGAAGGUAAUUGAAGUCUACGACUUGAGUAAAGUGAAGCUGAAGUACUGUGGCGUCCAUUUCAACUCUCAGGCCAUCGCGCCCACCAUCGAGCAGAUCGACCAGUCCUUCGGCGCAACCCACCCAGGAGUUUACAAUGCGGCCGAGCAGCUCUUCCACCUGAACUUCCGAGGACUGUCCUUCUGCUUCCAGCUGGACGCCUGGAGUGAAGCUCCGAAGUAUGAGCCUAAUUUUGCCCAUGGCUUGGCCUCCCUGCAGAUCCCUCACGGUGCCACAGUGAAACGCAUGCACAUCUACACGGGGAACAGCCUGCAGGACACCAAGGCCCCAGUGAUGCCUCUGGCCUGUUACCUUGGGAACGUGUACGCAGAAUGUGUGGAUGUGCUGAGGGACCGGGCGGGGCCGCUGGGUUUGAGACUCCGCCUCCUCACUGCAGGCUGUGGGCCGGGCGUGAUGGCCGAUGCCAAGGUGCGGGUCCUGGAGCGGAACAUCUUCUUCGGAGACUCCUGCCAGGACGUGCUGAGCGCCCUGGGGUCCCCUCACAAGGUCUUCUACAAGUCGGAGGACAAGAUGAAGAUUCACUCUCCCUCUCCACAUAAGCAGGUUCCCUCCAAAUGCAAUGACUACUUCUUCAAUUACUUCACACUGGGAGUGGAUAUUCUGUUCGAUGCCACUACUCACCUGGUGAAGAAGUUUGUUCUUCACACAAAUUACCCCGGUCAUUAUAAUUUCAAUAUUUAUCAUCGAUGUGAUUUCAGGAUCCCCCUUGUUAUCAAAAAAGAACAUGCCAACUCUCAGACUGAAGACUGCACUUUAACAUCCUACAGCAAGUGGGACCAGAUUCAGGAUUUUCUCGGUCACCCAGUGGAAAAGCCAGUGGUUCUUCACAGGUCAUCUUCUGCAAACAACACCAACCCAUUUGGAUCCACAUUUUGCUUCGGACUUCAGAGAAUGAUUUUCGAGGUCAUGCAAAACAACCACAUAGCGUCUGUGACCCUGUACGGCCCAUGCAAGCCCAGCAGCCACGCCCGGGCCGCAGAGCCCCUGGCCCACUGAGAGCUGCAGCAACACUGCCAUCCACCUGGAGCACUACAGAUCUAGAGCAGUACAGCGUGCCUUCAAUUGCUGCCACUAUCAUAUGAGAAAGCAUGACACGAGUCCUCUCACUUUUCAUUGCCGCCUUUGUGACGGGCGCCUGGCAGAGUCCGAUGGUAACGUUUCUCCCCCCUCCCCGACACCUCUCGCCCUCUGGGGGGAGUCGGGCAGAGGUUGGGGUGGGGAGCCAUCUGUCCAUGGUGCCUCCUGUUGUCUCGUUAACACGCGAAUCCCCGCAGCACAGAUUUCCGAACAUGUCCACAAGGGAAAAAAAGACAGAGAGACGCAGACAUACAUUCGCACGUAAGUUGCACAUACCGAAUAGUUCUCGUGAAGGUGGAGAAAGAGAGCUGAGGGAGAUACAAGCACAAAUGCGCUGCACUGCGCCGCGGCGAUCCUGCCGGCCUGUCUGGGGGUGUAGAUGAGCAGUGUGUGUGCGUGACUUCCUGAGCACGAGGCACCGCACUUCACACAAAGCUCAGCCGGCUCUGUAGUCCUCCAGGGACCAGCUGAGUCUACACACCAGAGAGGGUCUGCUCUUCACAGGCAUUUUUUUAAUUCAAGCUGUAGCAUGCAUUCUUUUCUUUUUAAAAAAAAACAAAACUUUGGUUUUAACAUUUGCACUAAAUACACCGUUACUUGAGAACUGUCUGCCGUUCACCGAGGAGAAUCUGUUUCUUGGUUUUUUCAGAGAGGGGGUGUGGCGGGUGUGAGCUCGCUGUGUUUUGUCGUCAGCUGUCCUUGUGCACAGUAAUACCCUGGGCAGUGUCACUGCCGCUGUACGGUUUACUUUGAACCUUUUUUUUUUAAUGCCAAACUUUUAGCCAAAGAUGCUUCAUCUCUUAUCCCACUUGGCUCUGACCCCAAUGGGAAUGAACAUUUGUUUUAAAACAUUAAGAAUGUUUUCUUUCUGUCCUUCUAGUAGGAUUUUCUUUUAUUCCAUCCCCCCUCUGCUAGCUAGUAUCAUAGUCUUUUAUCUCUCUCAUUUUUUAACAGUUAUCACCACCUCAUUUGUUUUAAAUGAAAAAAACUUUCAUCUCAUUUUAAAUCGAAUUAAUAGUAGCAUCUAAUAUGAACUACGCGCAGCCACGAUUGCGUUUUUAAAUGCGUGUACAGAUUUGUAAAUACAGCAUUUUUUGUAAUUUUAAUGAACUGUACAAUGUAGGCCUGCAUUGUUUCACUGAAGUACACAAACAUCAAAUACAUCUGGAAUCGACUCAGAACCAGUACAGUAUUUGCAAAUUUGUGAUGAGUGUUAUUUGUAUGAAUAACCAUGUGGUCUUCCCUCCUGCUCUGAUAUUCUAAGCUGUUUUGAACUCAGACCUUGCAGUUGUAGUGUGACACAAGUUUACCUGACUGUUCUUUGCUGUUACAUUUUGUUGUUCUAAUUGAAACCUGUGCUGUUUUCCUUGUAUCAGUGCUUGCCGCAAGACAUUUGUGCCUCUUACUUUCUUGCAUAGCCUGUUUUAAUUUUUUAUUCAGAUUAAAAUGCAUUAAGAGCAUGUAUUUUGAAAUGUUAACAUGUCCGGUUGUAAGUAAUAGUUUAUUUGUGCUCAGAAGAAAAAGAACAGACUAAGUGAAAUAAAAUCUGAAGAGGAGGUGCUGAAGCGUGCUGUGAUACCUGCCUGUUCAGCCACACCUGGAGGGCUUGAGUGUGCGUGGGUUUUAAGGAUGCCCGGGUAAAUGAACUCUGCUGGGAAUGAACGACCCAUUUCAGUGACUUUUAGACACGGCGGUGCCCUGUCCUACCAGGAGCUGAGCUGUGGCUGCUUUCCUCCUCUUCUGCAUCUCAACAAUGUCUGUCUAAGGACUGGAGUCCUUGGAUUGUACUUGGAAAUGAAAGGCUUGGUGGGAGCACAGGUGUAUCUCAAGUGCAAUAUUGAUGUGAAUGCUAUGUUCACAAUAGUAUGCAUUUUUACAUUUGGGGAAUACUUGGGGAUUUGCUACCCUCACCUAUUUCAGAGAAGGGAUAUCCUUAUUAAGGAUUGUGAACAUAUAUUAAGGAAUGUGGCGUUUGUAUUAAAGGCUUGCUGAAUGAGAAGAGCGCUAAUUCAUUCUGCUGAUCCUGUCAGCAUUAUUUAAAAAUUGCAGCCCAGUGGGACAGCGAUCACCGCCACUGGCGCAGCAAUAAACACACCCGCAGGUCCUGACGUGUGCCCACCAGGUCUCGGCCACGUCGCAGCUCGUGUCUUUAUCAAGAGCGCCCGCUUCGCUUGUAUCCCAACGGCCCACUGCAGGCUGCAGCUGACAAACGCAACGUUGGAUGUAAUAAAUGUGAAGACAAAACCCAAAACAUGAAGUAAUGUUGGAAUUCUUUUUAAGUGGAAAUUUGUUAUUCAACUGUAUAUGGGCAUCUUGGCAAUAGUUUAAAAACCCUUUGCUUGUUUUUACUGCUGUUAAUUUAAGGAAAUUUAGUAAGAUCUAAGUAAAAUAAAAUGUAGUGGUAACAAUCACCUAUAAAAUAAACCAAGCACCAGAUCCACGGUCAUUAAUGAA